GGACACUGGAGUUGGCGGAAGGCUUCCCGAUGCUGUAGCGACUUCGAUCCGUGGAAAAGUGUGGGGAUUAAUCCAUAAGGAAGCGUAUAAAUCGAGGUUUCCUGCUGUCUGACGCUGGAUAUCGGACCAGCUUGCUGAGUUUCCUACAGGCUUCAGCAACUCUCAGUAUUAUUAUUGGUAGUUAGUAUUUGGGAUCACUGUUGGUGACGCUAAAAUUAUCAUUAACAUUAGCAUUCAGUUUCUUGUUGCCCACAGCUGGCUGUCCUCACUGGGAGGUAAUUAUUGCCCUUAGUAUUAACGUUAACGUCAGUUUGCCAAUUGUUUUUUUUUCUAUCACGUCACCUACAUUAGGACCAAACCAUUAGCAUUAGUGCUGAGUACACGUCGACUAGUUAACGUUAGCUGCCAGUAUGGAGCGCAGUAGCUGGAGCGGCAGUGAGAGUCCUGGGGAGGAUAUGGACAGACUGAGUGACUCAGGAGGGGACAAGACCAUGGACGGGGACCCCGAGGGUGUAUGGAGCCCCGACAUCGAGCAGAGCUUCCAGGAGGCCCUGGCCAUUUACCCACCCUGUGGAAGGAGGAAGAUUAUCCUGUCUGAUGAGGGAAAGAUGUACGGCCGAAAUGAGCUGAUAGCCAGAUACAUCAAGCUCCGAACGGGCAAGACGCGGACAAGGAAACAGGUAUCCAGUCAUAUCCAGGUCUUAGCCAGAAGAAAAUCCAGGGAGUUUCAGUCCAAGCUAAAGGACCAGAAUGCCAAGGAGAAAGCUCUGCAGAGCAUCUCCUCCAUGUCCUCGGCUCAGAUCGUCUCGGCCACUGCCAUACAGAGCAAGCUACUGCCUGGAAUAGUACGGGCCGGCUUCCCCGGCAGCGCACAGCUGUGGCAGGGGAUGAUUCCUGGGGGACAGUCCAGCUCCACCACAGAAGAUAUCAAGCCGUUCUCUCAGCAAGCCUACAAUGUGCAGACAGCAGGGACCACCACAAUCUCAGGCUACGAGCCUCCCACCACAGCUCAAACGCACAGAGAGCCAGCAUGGCAGGGUCGCUCCAUCGGCACCACCAAACUACGACUGGUGGAGUUUUCAUCUUUCCUGGAGACACAGAGGGACCAGGAGGCAUACAACAAGCACCUGUUUGUGCACAUCAGCCAGAGCAGUCUGAGCUACAGCGACCCACUGCUGGAGUGUGUGGACAUCAGGCAGAUCUACGACAAGUUCCCCGAGAAGAAGGGCGGCCUCAAGGAGCUGUUCGGCAAGGGCCCUCAAAACGCUUUCUACCUUAUCAAGUUCUGGGCGGACCUGAAUUAUAAUGUGCAGGAUGACCCCGCGGCCUUCUACGGUGUGACCAGCCAGUACGAGAGCUCAGAGAACAUGACCAUCACCUGCUCCACCAAGGUCUGCUCUUUUGGCAAGCAGGUGGUUGAGAAGGUGGAGACGGAGUACGCAAGGUUCGAAAACGGGCGUUUCGUCUACAGAAUCAGCCGCUCUCCGAUGUGUGAAUACAUGAUCAACUUCAUCCACAAGCUCAAACACCUGCCUGAGAAAUACAUGAUGAACAGUGUGCUGGAGAACUUCACUAUUCUGCUGGUGGUGAGCAACAGAGACACUCAGGAGACCUUGCUGUGUAUGGCGUGUGUGUUCGAAGUGUCCAACAAUGAGCACGGAGCACAGCACCACAUCUAUCGACUUGUCAAGGAAUAACACACACACACACACACACUUACAGCAUAUAAACACACACACAUAUAUAUAUAAAUAUAUAAAUACAUACACAGACACACACGUAUGGCCUUUGUUUGGUGAUAAACGGUGACACUGGAGGUAAAAUGUCUAAAAACUGAAUUCUACAGAAGUGUCUAUCAAACCAACAUCUUCAGCUCGAUGAAGAAAUAACGUGGCUGCAUUUUCACUGCCGCUCAUGACAAAACAUUACAACAACAAGUGAGGGGUGAUUUUUAAUUAACAUCGAAUAUGACACAGUGUGCUGCAGGAUCCUCCCCAACAGGAGCAUUUCAACAUGAAACAUUAACUCCAACCUGAAUAUUAGACGCUCAUUAGCUGUAAAAAGCACAGUGGCAGUGCAGCCAUAGAAACACAUUAAAAUCGACCUGGGUGGUUUUCCCAAGGACAUCCUGACUCAGAUAUCACCAGGAGAUGUCAUGUCUCCUGCUAAUUGGUUCAUUACCCACUUUCUCCCAGCAAAUUUGUAUUUUGCUGUUUUGAUGAUGGAAAUGAAAGUAGUACAUCGGUCAUGUGUGUUUGGGAAACUCAGCCCAGGGAGAGAGAGAGAGAAAAAAAUCUCAUUUUCUCUCCUUGUGAAAUAAGUGUGUGUGUUAUCUGCCAAGAUAUUGACGGACACUGAAGGUCAGACCCUGUGUAUCAUCAAUAACCAGAGAAGGAAAUAACACUACUGCGUUAUCAUAUAAGUACAGUAUAGAGGUGGAUUUGUACAGAUUUGCCACUGCAAAUUGUGCGAGCUGUAUUCUUGCACAAAAAAAAGAGGUUUGUCCCAAAGAAAAGAAAUCAAAUUUUUACCUUUUGUAUGUUUUCUUUAAAAAGAAAAAAAAAAAGAAAAAGAAUAGCUUCUAAACUUUGGGAAAUUGUUUAUUGAUAGUAGCAUAUAGACUAUAUUUUAAUUCCAGGAACACUAUCUAAAAUUUAUGUCAAUAAGAAAUUAUAAGUGAAAUUGAACAAUUCAGGUACCUUUUGUGCAACAGGUGACUCUUCAUCUAAAAAAAAAAAAUAAUAAGUCAAGACCUUGUUGAAGUUAUAAUCCUUAAGAUUUCAGUCCUACUUGAUUUGGUGAAAAAUACUUGAUGUUUCCUGUGAAUACUUCACAGUAAAAGUCGCUCAGUGUUUCGUCAGUUGGAUGCUUUAAGCAGCAGCAGCAAUGUUGUUUUAGCAGUAGCAGUGUCGUAAUACAGCUCUGAUACAGCUCUAAGAGAGUAAACAAUAAACAACGAGGCUACGAAUGAGAUAAGAUUACGCUGGAUUUGUUUCCUGUGAGGCUGUUUGAGCCAAAGACUGGUUCUGAGUUUAUGAAAAUCUUGAGGAUUAUUCCUUUGAAUACUUUGUGGGAAAGCACUGUGAAUCUUACGAGCUAUACAACAGCGUCACUCGUGGUGUUCAACGUAAGGAAAAGUUUCAUGUGGUUAAAAUAAACAGGUGAAAGAAACCUAUGAUCUGCAAAUUAAGCUUAGCUUAGUUCAGUAUUCUUACACCAGCUAACUUGAGCUUUAACAUGUCCAUACUGACACAAGCGUUCAAGCAUGAAAUGUUAGUGCGUCCGUAUUUAAAUUGAAGAUUGUCCUGACCAGGCUCCUGUUUUUCCAGUGUGAGAGUUUUCCAGGUCAGGACAGCGUGUUCAGUGCUCGACUCUUGACUUCUGAGGACAUUAAAACGGUUGAAGACACAGUUCCCUUUAAUCAGUGGAGCGCUGGUUUCUUCCAGUUACACAAUAUUAUAAUUUAUGAAACAGAAACCAAAAACUGUUGAUGAAGUGUACUGUAGCAGGUGUCGACUGGUGGUUUGUCCGUGUCAUGCUCAGCAGCAUGAAGUGCCUUUGGUUGGAAACAGAAGUAGACAUUUUUAUUCCGUUUCAUGAGAUCCCUGAUAAUUUGGUGUUGUAGAUGGUGGGUAAAAGAUAUCUUAGUGACUAUAGAGAAAACAUGUCUGGGUAUCACAUGCUUCAGUAAUCAGUGUCUUAUACAGAUUCCAUGUUUAAUGGCUGUUUGUUGUGAGUUGUAGACAGUCAGCAGUGAACCAUCCUAAAGAAUCUGAGCUGUUUUCGUUUCCCACAUGACGUCCUGAAACACAUUCUUGUUCUCUUUGUCUCUGAUGGCAUUUGGCCCACAUGUAUUGUGCAUGUUUAUAUUCGUGUGCGUGUGACACAUUCAUGUCGAAAAAGCCUGCACAUGGUGGUGCCUGCUUCAGAAAAUUCAAACGUUUGGACUUUUCUAUAUGUAUCUUUGCAUUCCUACUAACAAAAUAAUUGACAAAGAUCUUGGCCAUUAUUAAAUUAAUCAUCUAAUCAGCCAAAUCAAAUCUCAAGUGUUAAAUCCAUUAAAAAAAUUAAGUGUGCAGUGAAUAAGCGUGUUUUCCGUCCAACCGUUUUUAGGCAUAUUUUCAAUUUGUGCAUUAAAAAAACCUUGAGUGGGAUCUCCAAAAACCUCAGGGGAAAAAUACUCAAAAUACUGCAAAAAACUUUUUAUAUAUGGCUGAGGUGGAAAAGGUGUACGGAUAAAAGCAAAAUGUGUUUCCCUCAUCUUUUCUUCUCUGGUUAGACACUUUGAGGUGUGAUCAGGGCUCUGUUAAAUAUGUUUAAUGGCAACCAGCUAAGCAAAUAGUGCCACAAACAGUUUAUCAUAAUGAAACAACUCCUAAUAAUCACAUAACAGUAGUGUAAUUAAAAUUACCAACAAAUAGUCCAGCAUAAAAUAAUAAAAAUAUAACUUAUUUUUACAUUUUUGUGUGUAACACAAAGACUGAGUGAGCUUUAGACUGUUACUAAAUUAACUAAACCAUUCUUAACUAUUACAAUAAAACUAAUUCCAGCCUCAGUCAUAAACUACACUGUCUUACAGUUAUCAUCCCACGUCCUCAAUAGUGUCUGUCAGCACCUGGUUCAUUCACAAACAGGGGACUGUUCCAACACGUAAAACUGUCUGGAUAACUUACUCAGCACAGUUAGCCAGAGUCCAGAUCCCACAGCUCGCUGCUCGCUGGUUCACAUUCCCGACAAACUUGUAACUCAUGACAUCUGUGAAUGAUAACAUCUCAUUUGGAAAUCUGUACCCGCAAACAUUAAAACUGAAGAUAAAAUCACUUGUAUGUUAAUAAAGGAGGCCCAGAGGUGAACGUUACAGGAAUGAAUACCUCCAGAGGAAUACUUGAAGUUCAUCAGCAAACUGUCAUGACUCACAGGGUUAUGUUUCCGAUGGGAGCAGCUGGGACGCCGCGUGGUGUCCAACAGAUGCAGGAACAUGGUGUUUAGGGCAACUUUUACCAUUUUUACCAGACCUGAAAAGUCAGAGCUGGAUUUGGUCUUAAUGAGUAAUGACUCAGGUCUGACUCAGAGGACUUUCUACCUUUGUGCCUAACAGUAUUUUGAUUUGUCUUCGUCCAAACCCGCUAUAUUUUGACUCUGUCUAAAGACUCCUGUGGGUGUCUCCCGCGGGUUACAGCCACCUGUCCCGCAAAACACCGUCAGCUCAGCACACUGGUGAAUCAUUUUGACAGGAGAGGCCCUUUCAGGUUCCCCUGCCUUCAGCUUUUACCAGAGUUUAGUCUCACACCACAGUAGUUUGCUGUUUGCAGGCGGACCAGUCGGCCUUCGCACCAGAGUACCGACACGUCACAUGUACGUGAUAAUAUAACACGCAGCCUCAGAGGGGCUGAUUCCGCAAUACUAACCCUCUGUCUGGACAUUAUCUACCACCUGCUUACCAAAGACGGUCACCAUGCGACACAAAAUACAGAGGAAAAGUGAUUUAUUACGAGCUAGAGUAACUUACAAGCUUCUGCCAAAAAAAAGAGACUUUUAAGGAACAGGACUAUCAGCUUAGAAACAUCUGUAGCUCAUGGGCUGCACUGUAAAACUGUACAGAUGUGAGUGAAAAAACAAAACACUGAAAUAAACAAAAAUGAAUGGAAAUUAGGUUUAAAUGUCUUUUAAGAUGUUUUUAAUCUUACUGAAUAUGGACACCUUUUAUCAUCUAGUUUGGCAGACUGAAGAAGCCCUGCAUGAGAAGGCCACUGGAAACUGUGAUGAAUAACAAAUACCCUGAAUGUCUGUUAAACGUCUGCUCAUUAUAACCAACUAGAGAAUGUGCUCACACUAAACAAAGUCCCACAAAGGGCAGUGUAUACAUUAAAAAAACAUUACGCCUAAAAGUUGUUCAAAAGGUUUCAAACUGCCGUGAACUGCUGAGUUUCUCAAUCAUCGUUGUCUGUGUUGUUAAUGUUGUCUUGUUCGUGUAUGUUGGAUAUUUAUCUUCUUUUCUGAACCUCACGUGGCACAGAAAUCCUGUCUGUAAUCAAUUCCAAAAUGGCCUUGACUCUUCUCACUCCGGUGCAUGUGCAACACACCUGUGUGUGCACUGAGGGUUCUUGAUAAGGUGCUUUGUAUAAAGGUGACAAUAACGUUUAUUACAGAUGUUGUGUAUAUCUUUGAUAUUCUAAUGUUUAUCCUAUUUUGCGAAGAAGAGAGAACAUUUAGGAAAUAUCCAAAAGUUAGUAAUGUGUGUCUAUUGGUACUGCACAGGGUCUGAUCUUUGCUUUGUAAACCCCCCCCCCCCCCCCCCCCCCCCCCCCCAUGGCUAAAAGUAUGUUAGAUAUUUUCUAGCUUUGUAGAGACUUUGUACGCAUAUGCUAUUCAGUUUAAAUAAAUGGUCAGUUCCAAACUGUG